GCUAUACCCAUCCUCCUGUAUCUUUGCUCCUGCGAUUUCUCUCUCUCACACUCAUCAUCAGCAUUCAUCCAUCAUCAUCUUCUUCACCAGCAAACACAGAAUUCUCUCAUCAGCCUUGGCUUUUGACGAAUAAUACCCCCCCCUUCUCCAUCACAAAACAACACACAAGAAACCACCUAGUCAAGGAUUGCUCCGACAAUCCGUAAUAUCAUCAUCUCCUCCAAAAUGACUGGAUUCACCGCCGCCAACACCACCUACACUCUCAACAAUGGAGUGAGAAUCCCCGCCGUCGGAUUCGGUACCUUUGCCAACGAGGGUGCCAAGGGCGAGACCUACGCCGCCGUCAAGAAGGCCCUCGAGGUUGGGUACCGUCACCUCGACUGCGCGUGGUUCUACCAGAACGAGGACGAGGUCGGCCAGGCGCUUGCCGAGUUCCUUGAGAACCACAAGGACGUCAAGCGCGAGGACAUCUUCAUCUGCACCAAGGUGUGGAACCACCUGCACGAGCCCGAGGAUGUCAAGUGGAGCUUGCAGAACUCCCUCGAUAAGCUCAAGGUUGACUACGUCGACCUCUUCCUCAUCCACUGGCCCAUUGCCGCCGAGAAGGACGAGGCCACCAACAUGCCCAAGAUCGGCGCCGAUGGCAAGUACAUCAUCAAGAAGGAGCUCACCGAGAACCCCGAGCCAACAUGGCGGGCCAUGGAGGAUCUCGUGGAUGCCGGCAAGACGCGGUCCAUUGGUGUUUCCAACUGGACCAUCCCCGGCCUGCAGAAGCUCCUCAAGUUUGCUCGCAUCAAGCCGACCGUCAACCAGAUUGAAAUCCACCCCUUCCUCCCCAACACGGAGCUCGUCGAGUUCUGCUUCAAGAACCAGAUCAUCCCUACUGCCUACUCUCCUCUCGGCUCGCAGAACCAGGUCCCAUCGACGGGCGAGCGUGUCCGUGAUGACCCCACUCUCAAGGCCGUUGCUGAGCGCAGCGGGCACAACCUUGCCCAGGUGCUCCUGGCCUGGGGUCUCCGCAGAGGCUACGUCGUGCUCCCCAAGAGCUCGACCCCCUCGCGUAUCGAGAGCAACUUCCAGAUUCCCGUCCUCCGCGACGAGGACUUCAAGGCCAUCCAGGAGGUUGCCAAGGGCCGCCACUGCCGCUUCGUCAACAUGAAGGACACCUUUGGCUACGAUGUCUGGCCCGAGGAGUCCGACGGUCAGCUCAAGCAGGAGUAAAUGUUGUGUUGUGGAGUUUUUUGUCGAGACGAUUUAAUGACUGGGAUGCAGGCGGGUCAACGGGAACGGAACGAUUAGAGCGGUUGGAUAGCAAAAUUCCUUUGUAUUGGAUACCUUAGAAUGAUAGACAUCACUUGGUAGAUGGUCAAGCAAGCGGGUGGAUUAGUUGCUCUUCUCAUGUGUGGAAUUGGAACUAUUUUCGAGUAUCUGUGUGUUGAAUGUUCUAUUGUGAUUUGUGACGUCGUUAUUCAUGUUCAACCUCAGUUCUCAUCUCUUCAGUUUCAUUGCUUACAAAGUCCAAUCAAACGAACUGAAA